GCUACGAGCAGACAGAUGUUGAAGAUGUUCUCCUCCCUGAGCCUCCGCUGCCUCCUCCUGCUCCUCCUCUCCCUCAGCGCCUCCAUCAGCUGCUCCUCCGCCGCUCAAAGAGACUCCAAACUCCGCCUGCUGCUGCACCGGACCCCGCUGCUGAGCUCCAAACAGGAAACGUCUCGCUCCUCGCUGGCAGAGCUCCUCCUCUCUGACCUCCUGCAGAUGGAGAACGAAGCUCUAGAGGAGGAUGGGUUUACUCUCCCCGAAGGAGAACCAGAGGACAUCCGUUUGGACCUGGAGCGGGCUGCCAGCAGCGGGCCGCUGCUCGCACCCCGAGAGAGAAAGGCUGGAUGCAAGAACUUCUUCUGGAAGACCUUCACGUCCUGCUGAGCCUUCAUCGCCCUCCUCCACCCCUCCUCUUCUUGAUGCUGUACAGAAGCUGAUCUCUGGUCAGCUGGGUGAAAUGUUCCGAUCUUUCUGAGCUGAUUCUUUCUGAAUGUAAACACCA